CUGCGGGCGGCGGUCCGGCAGCGGCGGGGCCCGGGGGGCGCCCAAGAUGGCAGCGGGCGGCGCGGAGGGCGGCUCGGGCCCCGGCGCUGCCAUGGGGGACUGCGCGGAGAUCAAAUCUCAGUUCCGCACCCGUGAGGGCUUCUACAAGCUGCUCCCCGGCGACGGCGCCGCUCGCAGAUCGGGUCCGGUUUCCGCCCAGACCCCGGCGCCGCCCCAGCCUCCGCAGCCCCCGCCCGGCCCGGCCUCCGCCUCCGGCGCCGCGGGCCCCGCAUCGUCCCCGCCGCCUGCAGGCCCUGGGCCCGGGCCCGCGCUGCCCGCCGUGCGCCUCAGCCUCGUGCGCCUCGGGGAACCCGACGGCGCUGGGUCCGGGGAACCGCCUGCCACGCCCGCGGGGCUGGGCGCGGGUGGAGACCGCGUCUGCUUCAACUUGGGCCGCGAGCUUUAUUUCUAUCCGGGCUGCUGUCGCCGCGGGAGCCAGCGGUCCAUUGACCUCAACAAGCCCAUCGACAAACGCAUCUACAAGGGCACCCAGCCCACCUGCCAUGACUUCAACCAGUUCACUGCCGCCACAGAGACCAUCUCCCUGCUAGUAGGCUUCUCAGCCGGCCAAGUGCAAUACUUGGACCUCAUCAAGAAGGACACCAGCAAGCUGUUCAAUGAGGAGCGGCUGAUCGACAAGACCAAGGUGACGUAUCUGAAGUGGCUGCCUGAGUCAGAGAGCCUGUUCCUGGCUUCUCAUGCCAGUGGCCACCUGUACCUUUACAACGUCAGCCACCCCUGCGCCUCGGCCCCGCCCCAGUACAGCCUCCUGAAGCAGGGCGAGGGCUUCGCCGUCUACACUGCCAAGAGCAAGGCACCCCGCAACCCACUGGCCAAGUGGGCUGUGGGCGAGGGCCCCCUCAACGAGUUUGCCUUUUCACCCGAUGGCCGGCACCUGGCUUGUGUCAGCCAGGACGGCUGCCUGCGUGUCUUCCACUUCGAUUCCAUGCUUCUGCGGGGGCUCAUGAAGAGCUACUUUGGGGGUCUGCUGUGUGUAUGCUGGAGCCCCGAUGGGCGCUACGUGGUGACAGGAGGCGAGGACGACCUGGUCACCGUGUGGUCCUUCACUGAGGGCCGUGUGGUGGCUCGAGGCCAUGGCCACAAGUCAUGGGUCAAUGCUGUGGCCUUUGACCCCUACACCACACGGGCAGAGGAGGCCACAUCGGCCACUGGUGGUGGGGAUCGGAGUGGCGAGGAGGAGCUCCCUGAGGCCCCUGGCACAAGCUCAGGUGGAGGAGCCCCGCUCUCCCCACUGCCCAAGGCUGGCUCCAUCACCUACCGCUUUGGCUCAGCCGGCCAGGACACACAGUUCUGCCUGUGGGACCUCACUGAAGACGUGCUUAGCCCGCACCCGCCCCUGGCCCGCACCCGCACCCUCCCAGGCACACCGGGAGCCACACCGCCAGCCACCGGCAGUUCCCGGGCUGGUGAGCCAGGCCUGGGCCCUCUGCCCCGUUCCCUGUCUCGCUCCAACAGCCUGCCGCACCCAGCUGGCGGUGGCAAGGCUGGUGGCCCAGGCACAGCCACAGAGCCAGGCACGCCGUUUAGUAUUGGCCGCUUUGCCACGCUCACACUGCAGGAGCGGCGGGACCGGGGGACGGAGAAGGAGCACAAGCGCUACCACAGCCUGGGCAACAUCAGCCGCGGUGGCAGUGGUGGCGACAAGCCCAGCGGCCCGGCGCCUCGCAGCCGCCUGGACCCCGCCAAAGUACUGGGCACUGCGCUGUGCCCGCGCAUCCACGAGGUGCCGCUGCUGGAGCCCCUGGUGUGCAAGAAGAUCGCACAGGAGCGGCUGACGGUCCUGCUGUUCCUGGAGGACUGUAUCAUCACUGCCUGCCAGGAGGGCCUCAUCUGCACCUGGGCCCGGCCCGGUAGGGCGUUCACAGACCAGGAGGCCGAGGCCCAGGCAGGGGAAGGAAGUUGGCCCAGGUCACCCAGCAAGUCAGUGGUAGAGGGCAUCUCCUCCCAACCAGGCAACUCCCCAAGUGGCACAGUGGUGUGAAGCUGUGGAUGUCGGGGUCCCCACCCCAUGCCCCCAGCCUCUUCCAUGACCCUCCCCGCUGACCUCAUGGAUCAACAUAUUAACAAGACUAACCAUGCCGGAAGGACUACUCCAAGCCCCCGCCCUGCACAAAUGUGGGGGUCCCCAAGACUGACCCAGAUAAUGGGGGAUGUAGCGGCCUGUGUGGCCUCUUUGUUGUCCCCACCCACUGCCAAGUAAAAUGACCCCUUCCUCUGAAAUACCAGUGUUAACCCACAGUCCCAUCCCCAGCAUGUGACUGGUCACUCCUGGGAGGAUCCCUGCCUCCAAGAGCCCCAGCUCUGCAGUGGAGGGGCCACCCCCCUUCCCGGCUGCACCUUCCUCCCCUUGCUAUUGUCUGUGCUUGAAGAGUGUUAAGUUAUGGAAGCCUCCAGGGCCUUCCUUGUCCCCCUGGACCUUUUAUUUAUACUAAAGUUCCCUGUUUGCACAGUGGCUCUGUUCCCUUGGAGGGGGGAGUGUUGGAAGUGUUGGUGCUUGGCUGCACGCCUAGGAUCUGCGCUUUAACCCAGUGGCCAGGCCACAUCCCCCAUCAGCCGGGUAGGGAGGGAAGGGGAGGACCCAAGGGCACAAGGCACCAGGCCACCAGCCCUGAGCAGGGCCUCUCUUCAGCAUCCUGGGCUGACUGGCAGGAGUUAUGAAAGUUGUUCCAAAGAAUCCCACCUACCCUACCCUGCCCUGCUUCUGGCCCAGUGGCCCAGGAGUCCAUGUGAGCUGCCUUUGGGACAGGUCAUUGCCAUUAGUUCCUCAGCCUGGUCCAGGGUCUGGUGCCAGCUAGGAGAACUGUCCCCCUGGAAAGAAGCUAAGAUCCCUCCUGGCUGCUCUCCGGAGCCUCAGGGAGUGGUGUCUUCCCGCUCCCCCUUCACCCCCCGAAAUGUUUCUGUUUCUAAUCCCAGCCUGGGCAGGAAUGUGGCUGCCCGGCCUGUGGCCAAGGAGCUAUUUUGGGGUCUCCUUUGCUUGGGAGGGCCUGGCUCUACCACUUGCCUAUCCCAGGCUUUGGCCAACAGGUCACCCCUGGUCUUGGCUUCUGAGAGUGUCCUCUUCCAGUCCUCUUACCACCCCUUCCUCACCUCCUGCCAGAGAAGAAGUCGGUGUAACCCAGAGGUCCUGGGGCUAAAUUUAACCAUCCCAAAGUUGGAAUCCAUUGCUGAGUCACCGGAGAAGCUGCCCUGGCCUCCCACCCCGCCCAGGAGGGUGUCAGCCCCUUUUUCCGCCCUCACCCCAGCUCUGGGGCUUGGUGGGGAGCAAGGGGGAUAGUCACUGGGUCAUUCUGUGCCUCCAUUGGCCCCCUCUGGGCAAUGGGAGGGCUUGUCUUGACGCCUCACAUCUGUGACUCCAUGCUUCACCUUUUUAUGGGGGGCAGUGCUGGAGUUGAGGUUUUUUGCCCAGCUCCUGCUGUUUAGUGCUGAAAGUUUCUAGGGAGCCCUGAGAAGAGGGAGUUGGGGUGUUGGUUCAUGAGGGGUUAAAGCUGGGAGGCGGGAGUGGGGCUGGACCAAGGGGUGGGGAGAAGAGGAGGAGGCCUCAGCUAGGCCAGGGAGAAGUGGCCAGGGAGGCAC